AACAUACUCCCCUGUCCCCUUCCCCUUCCCCUUCCCCUUCAUAUGCAUAUAUAUCCCUCUCGUCACCCCCCCAUGCAAAAAAGAAACACUGCCAUGGCUCCACCCUCUCUCACCAAAUUCCUCCUCCUUGUCCUGCUCGGCGCCGCCUCCUCUUCGUCCGCCCACGUCGCCUGCGCCGGCGGCGGCCACCAGGACCAGCUCACCUUCACCACCCGCUCCGGCUCCUACCCCGUCGACGCCGUCGACUACGCCAACCAAAUCCUCUACGUCUCCGACCCCUCCAUGUCCACCUGCUCCGCCACCAACCCCUCCCGCGGCUUCUCCCUCGACUGGGACGCCCCCUUCGCCUUCGCCGACGCCCGCAACGUCUUCGCCCUCCUCGACUGCUUCCCUACCCCCACCCUCAACGCCACCCUCUGCGACACCUCCUCCUCCUCCUCCAUAUGCGGGCUCCUCUACACGUGCCCCGCCGUCGCCGCGCUCGGCGCCCCCGUGUCCACCUGCUGCGUCUACGCGCCCGCGAGCCUCGGCCCCGCGUUCGACGUCGACCUGACCCAGCUCCGCUGCGCGUCCUACGCGGCCGUGCGCGGCUUCAACGGCGCCGAGACGAGGCCGGACGAGUGGGACUUCGGGAUCGCGCUCAAGUACAGGUUCAGCGCCGACGACGGCUUCCCCAGCGCCUGCGCCGACUGCGAGAAGAGCGGCGGCAUGUGCGGCUACGCCACCGCCGCCACCGCCACCGCCACCGCCACCGCCGCGGUGUACAACUCGUUCGCCUGCAGCUGCGGCAACGGCAUGAACUCGUCCACGAAUUGCUACUUCGCCGCCUCCGCCGCCUCGUGGAGCAGCGGUGGCGCUCGCCGCCGUAUUUUGCCGCUCGGGCUUUGGUUGACAUGUAUGUGGUUGGCAAUAGCAUGGACCCAAAUUGCAAUUCUAAUAUCAUAAUGUGUAUUAUAAACCAGAUGACUUAAAAAAAAAAAAAUUCAAGUAAUUAAUUUAUAUGGCUUUUUUUUUUUAA